AUGUCCCCCGGAACCGAGCGGGAGGUGGAAACCCCGCUAAUUCCACCAGAAUACGAAGACCAAAAGGCUACACGACAGUAUCGCAUUCAAAUAAUUCUGCGGGUGUAUGCUGUGUCUUUCCAGUUCUUGCUCGCUAUGGCCGUGAUCGCGGCGCCCCAAACAGAUAUCGUCGAGAACAUCAUCUGCAGACACCUCCAUGACCCGGAACGAGAUCUCACCAACCAGCCCCUUGACUGUAAGAGAGAGGCGGUCCAAAGCGAACUGGCGUUGGUGCAAGGAUGGGGAGACUCCCUCAUACAGAUUCCAGGAAUUUUCCUUGCGCUUCCGUAUGGAAUUUUGGCUGAUAAAUACGGUCGCAAGCCUGUGUUCAUGCUAUCCUUUCUUGGGGUACUCCUCAGCGAUACCUGGGUCAAAAUCGUUUACCUAUUCCCUGAUAGCCUUCCUAUUCGUAUGGUCUGGGCGGCGCCCAUCAUUCAAGUCAUCGGCGGUGGUCGCGCUGUUGGCACCCUUCUCACAUAUACUAUCAUCGCGGACGUCGUCCCUCGAGCGGAACGGUAA